GGACGAGUGCAGCGAUAACGACUAUAGCUUGUUCCAGGGAGAGGUGUGCUCAGGCUGCCAGGUUUUGGCGGGAACCCUGUGGACAGGCCUGCUCCUGGCACUUCUGGCCAUGAUGGUCAAGGUGUGAGGGAGGGUCACGUGACCGACAGAAGAGGUGGACAGACAGGCGGGACUGACCAGAGGAGGAGAGGAGGAGAGGAGGAGAGAUGUAGCAGAUUGUUCACCAUCUACGAGGACUUGUCAUUAUUUGCUAUAUACGACAUCUACAUGGAGUUGUCGUUAUUUGCUAUAUACGACAUCUAUGUGGAGUUGUCGUUAUUUGCUAUAUACGACAUCUACAUGGAGUUGUCAUUAUUUGCUAUAUACGACAUCUAUGUGGAGUUGUCGUUAUUUGCUAUAUAGCACAUCUAUGUGGAGUUGUCGUUAUUUGCUAUAUAGCACAUCUACGAGGAGUUGUCGUUAUUUGCUAUAUACGACAUCUACGUGGAGUUGCUUUUUUAAAAUUUAUAGCAAGGGGAGGCUGUGAAUUAUCUUGUUUAUAAUAAUUAUGUUUGAAUAUUUAACUCAAUAAUACAUGUAGUAUUUCUUUAUUUUUUAUUUUUUAUUAUUUUAAAAAUGGAUCAGAAAGACAUUCAAAAUCUAUGACUCUUGUUUGUUCAAGUUCCACGAUUGAUUUGCAUAAACAAGUAAAUUAACAAGGUAAAUAAGCAGGUAGAUAAUAUACAAGUAAAUAAAAAGGUAUAUAAACAAAUUAAAUAAAUAAGUAAAUAUCAAGUAAAUAAGCAAGGUAAAUAAACAAA